UCUGAAGAAUAUGGGUAACCAAACAGCUGUUGUACGCAUGCUGGGCUGCGCAUACUGGCCCAGACUGAAAAAAGCAUUUUUUGUAAUGUGUUAAGAAACAAUUUAUUUAACAGUUGUUGUCAGAUUUUAAUGGUGAUUUCAAAUAUGAAACUUAAUCGUAAGCUUGGUGAACAGCUGUGGUGAAUUUGAUGUUUCCCCUUUCAAAGAGACAGAGGAGCUGCACUUGCAACACUGAAAUAGCUGCUCGAGAGGCGUUUCAAAGAUGACCGCUGAGUGAAAUGACUCACCUGAAAGGGCCUUUGGCUAUAUCUGAAACUGAAUACUCUCUUGAGUAGGUACUUAUUUUUAAUAAGUGAUUACUUCACUACUGUUAUAAAAGUAUGUUCUAUAUUGUACGUUCAACGGCUAGAGAAUACCCAUAAUGCACUAUUAAUGUCGCGCGACGAAUGAAUUCCCAUGUCUGACCAGAAGAUAGUGCCCACAGCUGAAUCAUCUAUCCAUCCAUUUUCCAAACUGCUGGUCCAAUGUGGCUACUGCAUAAUAUCAUACAGGUAUAAAACAUGUAUACCUGAUAGAUUUUAUGUUGGUCUCAGCAUUGAAAGUAUGUGGACUGAGGCUCCUUUUUUUCCUCUGUCAAAGUUGUAUACUAUGUUUUAACAUAUGGUUUUCUAUGUACCAGAACCAUUUCCAUAUAAGGCUCUACUAGGAGUGAAUGUGAAACAGGGAAUGGUCCCUGCUUUUCUGCAUCACCAGAAUAGGAGAAGGUCCUUGGGAUUUUAAGGGACCUCAUGGGUACCUGACCAAUAGAUGACCAUAUUUAGACUUGUUUUUCCAUAUGUAUCACAUUCCUAUACCAUCAGCUAUAUGAUGUAUUCUCUUUCUCAUUGGCUGAAACUAUACUACACCCCUUGUACUCUUUCUAUAUAUUCUCUCUUUUCUUAUCAAUAAAAUGAGACUAUAUUCUCCCUCAGCGCUGAGUGAUUGCUCAUUCAAUUGCCAAAUAAGAGGUCUGGGAUGAGGCACGAAUUAGGAGCAAAAACCUAACAAUUUGGGGGCUCGUCGGGAUUUCUCCAGACAGGUAAGAAAUAAAAUGCUUAAAUGCAUCUUACUGUCUGUUGAGAAAUUGAUCCUUGUAUUUUUGUGCCGCACUUUUUUCAUAUUUGUUAAAAGUGGAUAUCCUCGUAUUUUGAUAAAUGCGGGAAGAGUGAAAGAGGAUUGAUCACCCUUUCAUUUUUUGGUGUUAUCCUCACGGAUUAUACACGUGGGAAGGGAAUAGAUGAGUUUGAGUUGAAAAUUUUUCUCUCUCUCUUAGUCCAUUUCAUAGUGAUAUCCUCAGGUUCUUGUUGGCGGUUGAAUGAAUAAUACUGAAUUUAAAUUUUUUUCUUCUGGGACGCGAUCUCUUACAUAAAUUAGGUAUUCAACUUAAUUUUAAUGCUGACUCUCUACAACUUAUUUUUCCUGCAGCCUUUUCUCUCACUGUUGAUACAGGAAAUGCUCUCCUUGAAGAUGAUUCUGCAGCUGAGCUCAAACAGGAAAUUGAGGGCGUCAACGCCAAGUUGUGGGCGGCCCAUAAGGAUGACGCAGGAUUCAUUGAUGUCCAGCCCUAUGUUGCUAAGCUAAUAACAGACAAGCCUGUGUAUCAGAAACAGUACCCCCUCUCAAAUAAAAAAAGGUGGAGGGUAUUCUUCCUGUUAUUGAUAAAUUACUGGCUCAAGGCAUCCUGGUGCACACUCAUUCACCUUAUAAUACACCAAUUAAUCCAAUUAAGAAAGCAAAUGGUUCUUGGCAUUUAACUCAAGAUUUGAGAAAAGUUAAUGAGUUGGUAACACCAUUGUCUCCUAUUGUACCUGAUGUGCAAACUAUAAUUAAUUCUAUUCCUUCUGAACAUUCAUUUUUUUACAGUUCUGGAUAUUUCCAGUGCCUUCUUCAGCAUUCCUGUUGAUCGCCAAACACAGCCAUUGUUUGCUUUUACCUUGGAAAAUUCACAAUUAACGUGGACAAGACUCCCACAAGGGUUCAGGGAUUCUCCGGCUGUUUUCUCUGCUGUAGUGCACGCAACUCUGAAAAAUGCCAAACUUCCUCCAAACACCUGUCUGCUUCAAUAUGCAGAUGACAUCCUCAUCACUGGUGCAACUGAGGACAUGUGUGCUGCUGCCUCUAAAAUUGUCUGCAAUAUUUUGGCAGAGGCUGGUUUCAAGGCAUCAAGAGAGAAACUACAGUGGGUACAGAGGAGGGUCGAGUACCUUGGACAUGAACUGUCACAGGGCAAAGUGCAAUUGUCUGCUGACAGAGUGAAAGCUAUUGCUACUUUCAAGCACCCAUCGACACGGAAGCAGAUGCAAAGCUUCCUGGGACUGGUUAAUUAUUGCCGAAUAUGGGUGCCCAACUGUUCCAUGUAUGAUAAAAUCCUACGAACUGCUACUCUGGGGGACACAGAGGACAUUACAUGGACAGCUGAGAUGGAUCAAGCAUUCAGACAUUUGAAAUCCUCCCUCAUGAAACCUCCUGCACUCUGCCUCCCAAAUUACUCUCAAGACUUUCACUUAUACGUGCAUGAAAGUGGGGGUACAGCCACCGCAAUCCUGGCCCAGGAACAUGGGGGUACUUUUCGUCCCAUAGCUUAUUUGUCUAAAACUCUUGAUUCAGUAGCCAGGGGACUUCCUGCUUGUUUGCGUGCAGUGGCUGCCACGGCGAUCAUGGUGCAAGAUGCUGAAAAAAAUUGUGUUAUCACAUAAAUUGAUAGUGCAUACUUCUCAUCAGGUUGCUGACGCAAGGUGAAUUUGAGAGUGAUGACCACGAGUGCCUGGACAGAAUCCAGAUUUCGACUGCCUGCAGGCCAGAUGUUUCUGCAUCUGUCCUGGAGGAGGGGAAGAAUUGAAAAACCCACUCAUCCUUUCGUUCCAGGACAACAGGUGCUGAUUAACUGUCUGAAGCCCACAAAACUGGGUGAGCCGAAAUAUCUGGGGCCCGCCAUGGUGAUUGCUGUGACGAGAACAGGAGUGCUGACUGACUUCCAGCCGCAGUGGAUCCAUGCCAGUCGACUGAAAGCAGCUCCAUCCCAGGGGAACGUUCUGGUCAAUGAGGAGAAGGAAGCCAGUGAGCCAAGGAAAGAUCCGAAGGAAGGUGAACCAAGACGUUCAACGAGGAGAAGAAGAAAGAGAUUGCUAGAGAUCUAAAACCAGCAAUAAUUAUCAUUGAAGCUCUCUAGCCAUGAUUGCUAAAUUGACAUUUUACCUGGUUGUGCUGACAAAUGUGUUUAUUCACAUACAAGCUGCUGUUAGCACUGGUAAUGAAACUUGGGUACAUUAUGAAGAAGAACCACAUGCCUUUGCAGCUAACAUGUGGUGGAGAUUAGCCAACUACACUGCCAAAUCUGAAGGAAAAACAGGUGACUGUUAUGUUUGCACCAAAAUGCCACAUAGUGCUUCUGGACCACAUGUAGAGGUUAAAUCACCAAGGACAGAAGAAGAAUUAGAAUGCCCUAUUUUUGUUAGCAUUACUGGAAUGAUGGCUCCAAAUAGAAGUGCAAUAUGGAGUUGUGGAAAAAGUAGAAUAAUGAUGCUUGCAACACAAGUACAUGCUAAAGUGACAACAAUUGGCUCUAUUCCAGACUCACUGUUAUGUAUGGAAAGAGAAACUGGAACAGUGAGACUGGGGGUAAUUCCUAAAAGUAAAUGUAAUCGAACAUACCAUCAUUGUGAGAUAGAAAAUAUGUCUUGUUGUAUGAGUUGUAUUUUGCAUUAUCCAAAAGCUAAUAUGACUGAGUGUUCUAAAAGAACACCACAUCCUAUAUCUACUAUGAUUGCUUAUGGAUGGGCUAAUCCUUUUAUUCAAGAUGUGUGUUCUAAAUAUUGUGCACUUGUGCCAGGUCAAAAUUGCUACAGAUAUGCUCCUGCUUCACGGGGAACUAGAGCUGUCAAAGAUUGGUUUUGGCUGUGUGGACAUAAAGUCUACACUACUCUUCCAGAAGAUUGGAGUGGAAGAUGUGCUCUAGUAACUUUGGAAGAAUAUUCCAUGGUUAUUAGACCACACAAACCUCACGUUAUGACAAAACAAAAACAGAAAAAGAAACGCUCCCUCUCUGGUCGCAGUUCAACUAGUAGUUUGAGUAGAGAUAAUCCAGUACCAAUGCAACAUCGACUCUGGACUGGUACUGAAAGAUUCUUUGAAGCAGUGUUUCCAGGAAUAGGUGUUUCUAGUCUUCAAAUUGAAGUUGAGGUUACAAGAUAUGAGCUAAUUUCAUUUAUCAAUACUACAAGAGACACAUUGGCUGGUGUUCAACAGGAACUCCGAGGGCUCCGUUUAACUGCCCUGCAAAACAGGCUAGUUUUAGAUCAAUUAACCGCGGCAGGAGGAGGAGUUUGUGUUAUUGUUGGUACCUCUUGUUGUACUUAUAUCCCUGAGAAUGAUGCAGAUGGUCAUUUAAUUUCAGAGGGUUUAAAAAAUAUGACUAGAAUUGCUCAAGAAUUACAAGAACGAGAAGUUACUGAUAAUCAAAGUGGGUUCUUAGCAUGGCUCACAGGAUGGCAACAAAUGCUUGUAUCUGCUUUGAUUCCUAUAGGUGUGAUCCUAUUAAUUAUGGCAUUUAUUAUCUGUUGUAUUAUUCCAUUUAUUAGAGCUUUGAUUAAUCGUGCCAUGAACAACUUUGUAUCCUCUCAAUAUGCUUUGAUGAAUAGAACUGUUAAAUGUUAGUAAUUUUGAAGGAAAAUGAAGGAAAUGUUUGCUGAAGAAUGUUAUGAUUUUGAAAGUAAAGAAAGUGAUUAUAUUUGGAUAUGAGAAAAGUAAUGCUGAGACUUGGGUGUGGCAAUUUUAUUGCCAAAAGGGGCAAUUGAUAGAUUUUAUGUUGGUCUCAGCAUUGAAAGUAUGUGGACUGAGGCUCCUUUUUUUCCUCUGUCAAAGUUGUAUACUAUGUUUUAACAUAUGGUUUUCUAUGUACCAGAACCAUUUCCAUAUAAGGCUCUACUAGGAGUGAAUGUGAAACAGGGAAUGGUCCCUGCUUUUCUGCAUCACCAGAAUAGGAGAAGGUCCUUGGGAUUUUAAGGGACCUCAUGGGUACCUGACCAAUAGAUGACCAUAUUUAGACUUGUUUUUCCAUAUGUAUCACAUUCCUAUACCAUCAGCUAUAUGAUGUAUUCUCUUUCUCAUUGGCUGAAACUAUACUACACCCCUUGUACUCUUUCUAUAUAUUCUCUCUUUUCUUAUCAAUAAAAUGAGACUAUAUUCUCCCUCA